AUGGGUGAGAAGGAGCUCGCUGCGUUCAGGGAGCGCUGGAAACGGGAAUUGUGGUGUCAAAAAGUGGAGCGGCGGCUCGGUCACUCUUCGUCCUCCAGUUCCAGGAGCGAAAAUAGUGACGCGAGUCCAGGUAAAAGUGAGGGAAAAUCCGAGAACGCUAGUGGCGUGGAAGAGCCUGGCUACGUUUCCAUCGCCAGGGGCUUGUUGGGCGGCAGAACUAGCCCCCUUUUGGAACGACUAGAGGAAGAGAGGAUCAAAAGGAAGAAGAAAUAUCGAGACGAUACCGAUUGCUACAGGGAGUCCCUGAGGUACCCUCAGAAAAAAGUCGAGAAAGAUGAGCAGCUGGUAGAUCAACUCAUUGUAGACCUGAAUGAGGCCAAUGACAUCCCUUUUUUUGACAUGGAGUUGCCGUAUGAAUUGGCCCUGAAAAUAUUCCAAUACCUCAACCACACAGAUCUUGGCCGAUGUGCACAGGUGAGCAGAGUGUGGCGAGCUCUGGCCGAGGACGACGUGUUGUGGUUUAGGCUGUUUGCAGCGGAUGGGCUCCGGCGCGACGCCAUUGUGUCAGACUCGCCCUGCUGGAAGGCCACCCUGCGAGACUGCCGUAUAGCGGCAGCUAACGUGCGAGCCAACUGGAAGAAUCGCAUCGGCUGCAUCAGCCAGCUUCAGUUCGAGCUAGGAAAAGUGUUGUGCGACGUCAGCUCCUGUGACAACUACGUCCUUGCAGGGUACUCUUCGGGUGACACAAGGCUGUGGAACACGUCGCAUUGGGACCUGCCGUCAUCUUAUCUCAAAUCCAACCGACUGUCAGCGCUCAGCGAACCCAGGCCGCAUGUCACACACGUGCAGGUUGCUGGCGACGUGGCGGCCGCUGCCUACCGAGAUGGUUGUGUGGAUUUGUGGAGCACACAGAUGGGUGGUGAGCCCAUUUACCACCACCAAACAGCAGGAGUCCACGAGGCCUUGGUCCUCAGCCUGGAUGGCUCGGUCCUGGCUUCCGCCACAGAUUGUGAUGUCAGACUAGACGGUGCUGAUGACUGCGGCACAUGGAAGAUGCUUUCCCUGAUCCGCCUUCCUAAGCCCGUUUACAAUUUGGUGUUGGUGCCCGGCAGCAGGGGUCAGCGACGUGCGCUCACCGCAGCGGCGGCUGGGGAGUCCGUGUACCUGCUUGACGAAGAGGAAGAGCCGAGGACGCUUCACUCGGUGUACGGUCACCCCGUCACUUGCUUGGAUGCCUCUGAGCAGCUCGUCGCGCUGGGAGUCAAGCACAGCAGCUGGACUAUGCAUGAUGGAGGCAACAAGAUCCACGUGUACAACAUAGAGACGGGCAAGGCACUGGCGUGUGUCGGAGAUGCACCAGGCGACUUCACUUGUGUGCAAUUUGAUGAUGUCAGCGCACCGCACAUGAUGCUUUGUGGGAACAAAGACAGGAGGGUGCGUGUGUUUGAUCUGCGAUUGGGUUCGUGCGUGUCGUCUUUGUACGCACACCAGUUGGGUGUGACGUCGGUGCGUGGGGAUGACUGGAAGGUGGUGAGCGGUGGCGGUGAGGGCCUGGUGUGCGUGUGGGAGAUGAGGAUGGGAAGCAAGCUGUGGGAGAUGCACAACAGACAUCCCGUGAAAUACAUUAGUUUCGACAGCCACACGCUGCUGACUGCAAACAUCCCCGACGACAAGACGCCCCGGGGGGCGUGCAUCACUGACGACGACCUUACAGCUCAUCGUAGGCACCGGGGAGUCAUCUGCCACUACGACUUCUCAGAGGACACGGAAGCCCGUGAAAGCGUCCUUCCAAUUUGCAGGUCUGACUACGAUCAAUCUCACGGCUACAACUACAACAUCGCACUCGCCAUGCCCUACGACUACCUCAGGUGA